CGAAAAAAGUAAAAAAGGACCAAAACAAACGACCAAACCUGACGUACAAAGCGAGGCAAGAGAAAUGUCUCACUCCCAACAUCAAAGGCCGUUUUAAUCCGGUUCUCCAACCUAUCCACACUGAGCCCGACCUGAAACCGUGACAGCCUAUCCUCCCCUCUACUGCUACUACAAGUCUUCGACAAAUUCCAUCCAUUUUUCAAAACCGGUAAAUAAUAUGGAUCAAGGUGGUCAACCCGAGAAUCUCUCCCCAAUUUUAUCGGACCGAGUCCUAUUCAACGGGACGGUGAUUCCCCUCACGUUCACUGGUGAUGGGAAUCUCCGGUUUACAGGUAAAGGUCAACAGUGCUUGACCGUGGAGAAGGAUGUUCUCGGGUUCGCCUUGGAUGGCUCUCGAAUCCGAGUCAAGGCUGUUGUCGAAAAGAGAGAUGGAAUCUGCUGUUUGGGGAACAGGGGAGAUUUGGUGAGGCAGAGUUUCGUGUUCGAGCCUCUCUCGGAAGAUUCCCUCAGUCUAUGGUCUCAGAAGCUUCGUGAUUAUAUGGAUUCUCUCGGGCGGCCAAAGAGACUUUUGAUAUUUGUGAACCCAUUUGGAGGAAAGAAAUCUGCAACUAAAAUUUUCUCUCAAGAUGUAAAACCUUACCUGGAAGAUGCUGAUAUCCAGAUUACUGUCAUAGAAACUAAACAUCAGCUGCAUGCAAAAGAAGUUGCCAAAACCUUGGAUUUAUCAGAUUAUGAUGGAAUUGUCUGUGUUAGUGGAGAUGGAAUUCUUGUUGAGGUGAUAAAUGGAUUACUUGAAAGAGAAGAUUGGAGUGCUGCAAUAAAGAUGCCUAUUGGAAUGGUUCCUGCUGGAACAGGAAAUGGCAUGGUAAAGUCUUUGCUGGAUUCAGCUGGUGAACCAUGCAGCGCAUCUAAUGCCAUUCUUGCUGUUAUCCGAGGUCAUAAAUGUUCACUGGAUGUUGCUACUAUCUCACAAGGGAAAACAAGAUUUUUUAGUGUGUUGAUGCUUGCAUGGGGUCUGAUAGCAGAUAUAGACAUCGAAUCCGAGAAAUAUAGGUGGAUGGGGAGUGCUCGUAUGGAUUUCUAUGCUCUUCAACGAAUAUUACAUUUGAGGCACUACAAUGGACGUGUUUCUUUUGUUCCUGCUCCUGGUUUUGAAGAUUAUGGGGAGGCAACCUCUUAUCAUGGUGAACCUACCAGUGAAAAAAACCCAACUCAGGAGGAGUCUCUGAAAAUUCAACAGCAAGGGUACCUUGGGUCUGAUGUUAAGUUGGAGAAUAUGCAUUGGAGAACUAUUAGUGGACCAUUUGUUUCAAUCUGGCUUCAUAAUGUACCCUGGGGAGGUGAAGAUGUCAUGGCCGCACCCAAUGCAAAGUUCUCAGAUGGUUAUUUGGACUUGAUUAUGGUCAAGGACAUCCCAAAAUUAGCCUUGCUGUCGUUAAUGUCAAAGACGAACGAUGGGAGUCAUGCCAAAUCACCACACGUUAGGUACCUUAAGGUGAAGGCACUUGUGUUGGAGCCUGGUCCACUAGUUGAGGAUCCAACGAAGGAAGGGAUCAUAGACUCAGAUGGUGAGGUCAUCGCAAGGGGAAAUGUAACAUACGAGGGUGAUCAAAAGGGCCUUAUGGCCUACGAUAAGCUUCAAAUAACUGUGGACCAAGGUUUAGCUACUCUUUUUGCGCCUGUACAGGGCAUGGGUGUUGAUUGUGUUGAAUGAGUCCUAUUUUGUGAUUCCAUUUAUUUGAAACCAAGGAAAAGAAGUCCUUUUGAAAGUUGUUUUUAUUUAAUUUUGGCUGUACAAAACCAAAAAAAGUAUAAAUAAGGGGAUGUUGUUUGGUAAGUUGCUGGUCAAAAGGGUUUUGUUGUUGCUAAUAUUCCUUAUCUCUAUUGCAAUAUUAAGUUCCUGUUCUGAUGUCAGAAACAAUAAACAAAUCAAUUUGGCCCAAAAGAGGUGGAGGCUGAUCGUGGAUGAUUGUAUGUACAGCUCGAGAAAUUUGAUGCCUCAAUGCAAAGUAUUAGUACUACUAAAUUCGAACUUCCAUGGUCAUUGUCUAAUAAUGAGGGUAGAUUUGAUCUGAAACCAAAAAAAUUAGGGCUGCUAAUUUCUUGAGUCCCCACUAAAAUAAGAACUCCUCUGCUUCUGUUUCUUUGGUGGUUUGGUGUGCGGCGGCCGAUCAAAUUGAGAUGACCUAAAAGUCAAGAGAGUCAAAUCCAAUUAGGCGGAAGGCACUCUUGUCCUCCACCUCUUGUUUAGUGGUUAAGGAAAUAUUACGAAAACAUAGAAAUUUUGAUUUCGAGUUAGCUCUUGAACCCAAAAAACAAAAAAAGGUCGCACCUGUUUCUCUUCACAAUCGAGGCAUCCAAAUUCCGGCGAGAAGCAAUCGAGGCUCUCAAUCUCAUCGAGCAUUCGUUCUGAGCACACCAAUUCAAUGGUGAUUAAGUGCUUUUCAAUUGAAUUAAACUAACGUUUAGUUAGUGGCACUUCAUCCUUUCAAUGAAAAUUUUAAUCCCCACCGUUUCUAAUAUUACAAUGUUUGGAUCCAUGGACAGAUAUAUUCAGUAA